AGUACAUCACAAGUUGUAACAACAGAAACAGAAAUAGUUGAUAAAAAAAUAUUAAAAAUUACAUUAUACUUUUAUCAAUAUUAAAUUAAAUAUGUAAAUAAUAUAUUUAAAUUAAAUUAUUGAUAAAUUUAAUAUAGUUUACCGGUGUUUGAGGCUGCAUAAGACUUUGUGGAGUUGCAAAAGGUUGUGAUGGUGCAUAAUGCAUUGGCCUUUGUUGAUUAAUCAUCAUCAUUCCAGAUUGUAUAUUUGUACUUGGUGUAUGAAUUGAUUGUUGUUGUAGUUGAUAUUGUUGUGCUUGUUGUUGUUGUUGCUGUUGUUGAAGUACAGUUGGUAAUAUUUGUUGAUCUUCUUCUGGUUGAUGAAGAGGUGUUCCAAUACUGGGAAUACUAAACCCAGGACUCGGUAACAUUUGAUCCAUUUUUAUAUUUUUUUUUUAGACAAAUUUAAUAGUUUAUUUUGACGUUUAUUGUCUAUUGAGUCUUUUUCGUUUAGAUCAACUUUUUUUAGCCAUCAAGUGUUUAUUUUGAUUAUCAAACUUGAUGUAUUCAGUUAAACCUGUUUUUUAAUGUUUAGAUUUUCUUCAAGCUAAUAAUAAAAUUGUAAAUAUUGUUGUUAAAUUUGUUGUUUAAUAUUUUUUGAUGGCUUUGAAGGUUAACCAGCUGACAGUUAUCGAAAAAUACUGACAAAUGUUUAAUAACAAUUUGAUAUUAUUUUAUAAAUUGAAUUUAAAAAACAAUUUACACUUUAUUUUGUUACUAAUUUAUAAAUAAUUUUUUGUCUAUUAUUUUUAUGUUAAAUAUUAAUUUUUUUCUAUUUACAGUAUACUAACAAUCGUUUUCAUUUUCAAAAACGUAAACCAACGAAACCAACAUGCUACAGUUUGUGUCAAGGUGUUUUUUUAUUUCCAUGUUAUAUUUUUUCAGCGACAAAGCAAACUUAAGUUUUUUGUUUAUUGUGGCAUUGUGCUUUCGGCUUCUGUAGAGUUGAUAAAUCAUUGUAAAAAAUGGCGGAAAUACAACAAGAAACAAUUACUUCUAAUAAUACAGAAGAAUCAAAAGUACCUGAUUCAGAAAUUGAAUCAAUACCUGAAAAAACUGAAGAGGUAUUAGAACUUUUGAAGGAUGUAUCAAAGUUUACAGUUAAAAAAAUAUUAAAAAAUAAUACAACACAAAAGUUGAUAUGUAUUGAAGGAGCUUUGACUGAUCGUGAAGGCAUAGCUCUUAUUAUUCUGGAAAAGAAAGUAUUUCCAAAUGAGGAAGAAAUCCUUGGUGAAGGAUUUUUCAAUGAACAAACAACAGCAACUGAAUUAUAUCGUAAUGAUAUAUACACUAAAUAUGAUUUUUUUCCUGAAGUUAAACACAAUGCAUUGAAAGCAACACUCAUUUAUCCAGCAACUGAAAAGCAUGUUGAACAAUUUUCAUCAACUGAAUCAUACAUGAUUGAAGAGACACCAGAGCUCUAUGAAAAUGUAUCAUUACCAAAAAUUCUAAAAGACUCAGAACAAUUUUCAUUGCAAUGGGUUGAUAAUAUACUUGAUGGAUCAGCUGAGGCUGAUAGAGUCAUAUUUAAUGAUCCAGAUGAAGAGACUGGAUUUGUCAUGACAAAGGAUCUCAAGUGGAACGAUGAGUUAUCAACAUUGUACAUGCUUGCAAUCACCAGGAAACGUAUCAGAUCAAUUCGAGAUUUAAAUGCAAGUCAUCUUCCAUUGCUGAGACAUAUCAAAGAAGCUGGAACCAAAGCCAUUUUUGAUAAAUAUGGUGUAUCAAAAUCACAAUUGAGAAUUUAUUUCCAUUAUCAGCCAUCUUUUUAUCAUUUACAUGUUCAUUUUACUACAUUUGCUGUUGAAAAUUCAGGAACUUUGACUGAACGUGCACAUUUACUUACAACUGUAAUUAGAAAUAUCGAAUUAAUGCCAGAUUACUAUCAAAAAGCAGUCUUAACAUUUCGUGCUUUUAAAUUAUCAAUUUACGAACCUUAUAAACAAUAUGAAGAAGAAAAACAAUUAAAAAAUGAAUAAUAAUUUCAUUAUCAUUUUUUUGCCAUUUUAUUAUAUUUAACAAUUAAAAAUUAUUCGUUUGUUUUGUGCUAAAAAUAAAAAAAAGCAUUUUUAUUGUAAGAAAAUUUUUUUAAAUGUCGUAAUAAAUUUUUUUAUAUUAUUUA